AUGAAAAAUAAUAAAACAAAAAAUCUAUGUAAAUCAGGCGAAUCGGAACCACAUUCAUCACCUGAUUUGAUUGGCACGAUUAAUAAUACUUAUCAUCAAUAUCCAUUCAAGGCCGAAUGUGUCGAUUCUAAAAUAUUUAUUAAUCUAGGUUCGCAAAGUUUUUCAUCAAUAACUGAUGAAACUCGAACCUUAUAUAUGAAAUUUGACACUCAACCAGUUAUUUGUCGGUUUCAAUUCAAUCAAAGUGGACUUGUAAAAAAUAAAACAUGUUUACACCAUCUCUUUUCAAUCGUGACAAGAUUGUGCUAUUAUGAUCCUCAGUUUGCAUCUUCACUGACAAAAGUUGAUUGGAACCUAUUAGACAAUUUUUUUGUGAAUGCUUCUCAUGCUCCAUCAGAUUGGCAAACUACUACAAUCUCUUCGUGGAAUCCAACAUCUCUACCUGAUCGCACCGAGAAUAUAACUUCAUUCAGCACUGGCAAAACAACAGCAUUCUCAAUGGCUACGGCAACAAUACCAACAACUACUAUUACAGAAACCGAUAUCACUGAAGAGACAACUUCAUUCAGUAGCAAUGAUAUAACAACAUUGUCCACGAUUAGCACUGCACCACCAACUACUACUUUUACAGAGUUCGACACUACAGUUUUAUUAACCAGUAUUAAUAGUUCAACACUAGCCACGUCUAUUAUCAACAAGAUUCUUACAUCAUCAAUAGAAAGUAGUAGAUCAGUUAUACUCACAUCUAUAGAUCGUCACGAAAUUUUAUCUUCAACUAUUACAACUACAAAUGCUGAUCAUAUAUUAGGUAAUAUCUUCGAAACAACAUCCACAACACUUUUGAGUAUCAGUAAAACAUCUUAUAUAAAUGUUAAUAAUAACACAGCAUCGCAAAACAGCUCUACAACAUCUAUGAUACCUUUGAAUAGGCUUCCUCCAACUAAAGUAUCAUCGUCUCAUAUUAAAUAUCUUAUACUUCUACUUUCUAUAAUUGGUAUUAUUGUAUUGAUAUCAUGCCUUGUUUAUCUUUGUCGACACUAUCGAAAUAGCAGCAUUAAUUCAUUAUUAGAUAGUAAACACAGCGAUGAAGCGUUUAAUUCAGUGACGACACAAUCUGAACUGGAUCCGUCAAAUGAAUCUGUUGAAGAAACGAUAUCGACACAUUCAAUACCAGAACUAUCAAUGCCCGUGCAGCAACAAGAACAAUCGAAGACAUCUAGAAAACAGACUAGUGGACUCUUUUUUAGCAAACUAGAUUCAGAUAUUCUUUAA